GAGUAUUAUUGAUUGCAGCAGGAAGAAGCAAAAGAAAGGCGCAGCUAGCUAAAUCAAAACUAUUCAAAACGGAAUUUGCAAUAAAACUAAAUUAUAAUUCAGUAAUACGACUGUCAGAGGACAUGCUCUAAGUUCCGGGGAAGUCCCCAUCUAGUGAGUUUCAGCAUUUUGAGUGACGCCCUGCGUGGGAAACUUUUUGAUUACCGCCGAUCCAGCAAGAGACACUUCGAGAAGUCCAUUUAAACUAUAUAGCCAUUAUGACCAAUUUAGAGAAGCAGCACGAGAUGGUGAAGCGUAGCCUGGUGCAGUUUAUCAGCGGCCACAUUCCGGGUGCCGACUUUAGUGUUGUGGACGAAAUCGUGCUUUCGUACAUUAUUUCGAUUUUGGAGGAGGCAUCCCAGGAUCCAUGCUUCGAUGUUGAGGGCUUUGUGGAGAUGAUGGGAGCCUACUUCGAGGAGUUUUCAACCAUUGACCAGGGCAUCAUCUGUGACUGGAUCUACAAGCUGGCCAAUGAGCUUACCGAUAUGGAGAAAACCCAGGAAAACCCAGACGCCGUCAACUUAUCGCUAAACUCCCUGAGCCUCUCCAGCAUUAUUCCGGAGUCCAAGCUGCGUGCUCGCAACUCGUCAACUUCCGAAAAAGACGAGCUCUCAUCGAACAGCAGCAGCAGUGGCGGCUGUGGCGGCAACAAGCGUUCCCAACAUCUUUCGGAGACUAGCGAUGGAGGUUCCACCGACAGCUCCAGCUCCACUUGCGACUACUUCCUGGACGAGACUGAGGUGCUCCAGGAAAUGUUUCCGGAUUCGGCAAUAGCCGAGAUCAAACACUGCAUCGCAAUUUCCAAGGGGGACAUCGAUAGCGCCACCCAGAUUCUCUUGCAUCGUCAAGAGACGAACCAGUGUAUUACUGACAAGUCGCAUACUACUUAUAUGAAGAAGAAUGUAAUCGUCGACGAUAAUGAACUCAAGAAUCGUAUUAUCGCUAGGUACUCCUAUGUUGACAAGAAUGCCACCCAGCGCGAGUACAAGCCGGUGGUACCGAAGAUGGAGCCUCGCAAGCUGGUUCGCUACCGGGACAAUAAGAUCGUAUCGCUUAAGGGCGAGCGGUACACCGAGAUUAAGCGUGACGAAGAUGCUGAGUUAAAAAAACCCAAGAAGCAGAUUCAACCGUAACUAAAGAGGAACAAAACCCUCUUCAAGUAUUUUAUCAAAAAGCAAAUUAAUACACACCCCAAUAACUUAUCCGCACCCACGAAAACGAUCUUCGCCAGUAGCAGUAGCUGCAGAUCCAACGUCACCAACAACAGCAGCCAUCCCGAAAUCGAGCACAGUGUGUGCAAUCAUAUGCAUAUUGUUGGGCUGAGCGCCGCCAAAAGCCAUGUCAGCACCUAUUCCAGCUUCACCACACCAGUGAUCCCCGCCAAGCUUAGCCAAUGUUUAGACGCUUCCCAAGACGAUGACGAUGAGCAGCGAGAGUUUAGAGACAAAGACGAGACACCGAGCACAGCGAAUCGGUUCCCAUAUCCGAGUGAGUAUGGUGCAGAGUUUGUGGCAUCUGCCGGCAUGUUGGUCAUACUGUUGCUAGUUGGCCAUUGCCACAGGACCUUGAGCCCUCAUCGCGCCAAUGCCCAUGACAAAGACACAAAGACUUUACAUACCAAAUUAGUUGAUAGUUAUGCUUUAGGACUACUCGCUUAUGCAAAUUUUGAGAGCCCAUCCAUCGCGGCCGCCUGCUUAUGAGUCUCGAUGCUGGGAGCAGGCGGUUCAGACGGAUCUGGACAUGGAUCUGUUUCCGUUGCCAGUCGUCAAUUAUGACGACUGGGGUCGCGCCUGCGCUGUGACUUUUCCUUAGUUCCUUACGCAAGCGAAUUCAAAUCGAACCGUAUCUGUGAAAAUCGUGAAUCUCAAACUCUUGAAUGUCCUCGAACAGUAUUGUUAAACAUACUUCAGUCCCUAGGAUCAGACGCAGGUGCGACACCAAAACCGAAUUUGGCGCUCAAAUAGACUUAUUUAGACGUUUUUAGGUACUCGAAUUGAUAAAUUUUGUUGGCCGUGUGCGUGUUUUUGAAAAGCGCAGCUGCACAAGUAACUUGCCAUAUCUGUUUAAGAUCUGUUAACCCAUUUUGUAUCGUGUAACUCGUUUUGUUUUUCUCUGGUCCAAGCUAACUAGCAAGAGUAAACUAGCAACAAUGCCACCAAAGCCACAUGCAACACAAACUAGUCCUCACCGCCCACUGAGAUAUCUGGAACCCAUAACAAUUCGGCUACUGCUCGGUGUAAGACAGCAAUACUAACAAUAAUAUAAACGUAUUCACCAUAUGAACUAAUCGAAUAAUCAACUAUUUAUACAGCGUAGCCUACCCCAAAUCCUUCCCAAUGAUUGUAAUGAUUGUAACCUACAAUAUCUCGGCAGUCCCACGCCCUAUUCAUGUUAGAUGUAAGCAACCGAAAUAUUUUUCGGCAGUUAUUACUUUUACACUUUUUGUUUGAAACAAAAGAUAUUUACCCAUUUUAUAUUUUUUUUGUAACUCAGAAUUUAGCUUAAGUUUUUAAUCCUGACCACCGCUUAAAUUUACGUAUCGAACUGCAUUUAAGCACAUGAGUUUUUUAUAUUUUUAUUCAGCACCACGCUACAAAUGUUUCAACCAUCACAUAUUCGUAUUUAUGUUUACCUUGUUUUGGUUUGAUAUGCACUUCUUUUAUUUUAGUUUUAUUUUAUAUAUAUUAAUAUUAUUUUUUGUGAUAAUUUAAAAAAGGCAAAACACUCGAAUUAAACUUUUAAAAUAAUUAAAUAAACUACUAUCAAUAUUUAACGC